CCUCAGCUGCGUUCUGUGCGGCGCAGCCGUGACGUCACGCGGGAGCAAGCGGCGCCGGUGCAAACCGCCGUUUGGGCUGCGCUGGAGUAAGCGGCCGCUUCAGCCCGGCGCGGGGCCUACUGGAGCGCGGGGCCCGGGGCAGCCGCCCCGCUCGCCCUGCUGAAUGUUCUGUUGACAUGAGGAAAUGCAAGUCCUAAUAUCCACUUAUUUCAUCUUGCAGAACUGAAGACAAAUUCCUGGAUAACAAUGCCUGGUAGAGUAUGCUGUUGUUGUGCUGCUUUGCGCCCUCGUUACAAGCGUCUGGUGGAUAACAUAUUCCCUGAAGACCCCAAAGAUGGUCUUGUUAAAGCUGAUAUGGAGAAGCUGACUUUCUAUGCAGUUUCUGCACCAGAGAAGCUGGAUCGAAUUGGAGCUUACCUAGCAGAGAGACUGAGCAGAGAUGUUGUCAGACAUCGCUAUGGGUAUGUUUUAAUUGCCAUGGAGGCACUGGACCAGCUUUUAAUGGCUUGCCAUUCUCAAAGCAUUAAACCCUUUGUGGAAAGUUUCCUUCACAUGGUGGCAAAGCUGCUAGAGUCAGGGGAACCAAAGCUGCAAGUUCUUGGAACCAAUUCUUUUGUCAAAUUUGCCAACAUUGAGGAGGAUACACCUUCGUAUCACAGACGCUAUGACUUUUUUGUUUCUCGGUUUAGUGCCAUGUGUCAUUCCUGUCACAGUGAUCCAGAAAUACGAACUGAGAUCCGGAUUGCAGGAAUCAGAGGCAUUCAGGGAGUAGUACGCAAAACGGUUAACGAUGAGCUCAGAGCAACCAUAUGGGAACCUCAGCAUAUGGACAAGAUAGUUCCCUCACUGCUGUUUAAUAUGCAGAAGAUAGAAGACAUUGACAGUCGAACUGGUCCACCCUCAUCCCCUACAGCAGGAGAGAAAGAGGAGAACCCUGCUGUGCUGGCUGAGAAUUGUUUUAGAGAGCUGUUGGGCCGAGCAACCUAUGGGAAUAUGAACAAUGCUGUUAGACCCGUAUUUGCACAUUUAGACCAUCACAAACUCUGGGAUCCCAAUGAAUUUGCUGUCAACUGCUUCAAAAUUAUCAUGUACUCUAUACAGGCACAGUAUUCCCAUCAUGUAAUACAGGAGACACUUGGACACCUUGAUGCUCGCAAAAGGGAUUCACCACGAGUCCGAGCAGGCAUUAUCCAGGUUCUUUUAGAAGCAGUUGCCAUUGCUGCUAAAGGAUCCAUAGGACCAACAGUCUUAGAAGUGUUUAACACGCUACUGAAGCACUUGCGUCUUAGUGUUGAUUUUGAAUUAGGUGAUAGGCGUAGCUCAACUGGCAGUGCCAGUUUCAGCACAAGUUCCAAAGAAAGCGAUGAAAGGAUUGUUCAGAAUGCCAUUAUUCAAACAAUUGGGUUUUUUGGGAGCAAUCUCCCAGAUUACCAACGGUCAGAGAUCAUGAUGUUCAUUAUGGGGAAAGUACCUGUUUUUGGGAUAUCCUCCCAUUCGCUGGAUACAAGCCACCUUGGGGAUUUGGGAACCAGGCGGAUUCAGAUCAUGUUGCUGAGAUCUUUACUUAUGGUGACGUCAGGGUACAAUGCAGCAAAGACUAUGACUGCUGCUCUUCCUUCCCCAUUUCUUGAUCCUUUAUUGUCUCCUUCACUCAUGGAAGACUCAGAACUAAGGCAGCUGGUCUUGGAAGUAUUGCAUAAUCUUAUUGAUCGACAUGACAACAGAGCAAAACUUAGAGGAAUAAGAAUAAUACCAGAUGUUUCUGAUCUAAAGAUAAAACGAGACAAAAUUUCAAGGCAAGAUGUGAGCUUCAUUAAGAAGCAUGGACAGCAGUUGUACAGGCACAUCUACUUAGGCUGUAAAGAAGAAGACAAUGUCCAAAAAAAUUUUGAGCUGCUGUACACUUCUCUAGCUCUUAUCACAAUUGAACUAGCUAAUGAAGAAGUGGUUAUUGACCUCAUUCGACUGGCCAUUGCCUUGCAGGACAUUGCCAUCAUUAAUGAGGAUAACUUACCAAUGUUCAAUCGCUGUGGUGUUAUGGCGCUGGUUGCAGCCUACCUUAACUUUCUAAGUCAGAUGAUUGCAGUCCCUGCCUUUUGCCAGCAUGUCAGCAAGGUCAUUGAAACGCGAACUGUGGAAGCACCCUAUUUUUUACCAGAAAAUAUCUUCAAAGACAAGUGUGUUCUUCCCAAAUCUCUGGAGAAGCAUGAAAAAAACUUGUUUUUCCUGACCAACAAGAUUGCAGAAUCACUAGGUGGCAGUGGAUACAGCGUGGAAAGAUUGUCGGUGCCAUAUGUGCCCCAAGUAACAGAUGAAGAUAGACUCUCCAGAAGGAAGAGCAUUGUGGACACUGUAUCUAUUCAAGUGGAUAUUCUGCCUGGAAAUAACAUAGAGGAUAAGGAAUGUAUAAUAAUCUAUUUAAGGCAGAGGAAAGAAUUGAUAGAAUCAAACAAAAGAUACAGACAUAAGGUCAAUACUGAAGAAAUUACCUUUGAAGCUUUGAAGAAAGCAAUUGAUAAUACUGGACUUGAAGAGCAGGAAAAAGAGAAGAGGCGUCUUGUGAUUGAAAAGUUCCAGAAAGCACCUUUUGAAGAAAUUGCUGCACAAUGUGAAACAAAAGCAAACCUACUUCAUGAUAGACUUGCACAGAUAUUGGAGCUCACCAUCCGUCCUCCUCCAAGCCCCUCAGGAACUAUGACAAUUACUGCUGGACAUGCUCAUUACCAAUCCGUUCCAGUCUAUGAGAUGAAGUUUCCAGAUCUUUGUGUGUAUUAAGUGUCUUCUGAAGUCUGCAGAACAUUAUUUAGAGUAAAGUACAAUAAACAAGAUGAGUUUUCCAAGUUCUUUGUUUAAUUUAGAUUAAGUAAAUAGAUUUUAGGGGAAAUGAUGUACCCACAGCAUAUAGGAAAGAUUUUUUUUUAAUAACUUUCAAUUUUUUUAUAUAUUCUCUAAUACUUGAAAUUAGUCUUGUUGUGUUUUCAUACUAUUUCAUAUUCAGUCAUUUUUCAUAUUCCAAUUCACUUAAGUCAAAAGUAAAUAUUUCUUUUUUUGUCAGCAUAUUAUAAUUUCAGAGACUUAAAUAAUAGGUUUAUAGAAAUAGUUUCCUGGAAUUGGGUAAUGUAUCUGCAGUGCCUAGUGGUUUCCUUCCAUCUGGGUUUCCAGAUUUGGGUAGAGUCGGGCAUGCUUAUUCUUACCACAUGUCUCAGUGGAGCAAUAUCUUAAGCUACCUAUACCACUGCUAUCUAGUGCUGUUUAUUCCAUUAUUUUGGAAUACAUUAAAUAGACAACCUUUUUUAUUACCUAUUCAAUUUCAAUAAUAAAUAUGACUGGUCAGACAGUAGUUAAAUAUUGUUCCUGGUGAAUGAUUAACAUAAUGUGCUUCUUAGAAAUCUAGUACAUGUACUGUUUACUGCCGAAAGAUACAAUGUUCUGCUUGAGAGAUGUAAACCCUCCUCUUGGAGCUCCAACUUGUGCAAUAUUUUUCAUGUCUUAUGUGUGUAGUUUACAAACUAUGCUUUUGAAAAUGCAGUAGUAUUUUGAUGUCUGAAAUACAAUAAAUAAUUGAUAUAUAUUUAGUACAGCAACAAACUGAGGGCAUUUUAAAUGGAUAAGUACUUGAAAUACUUGUUCAUUUAUGAAAUUAUAAACACAUAAGAAGAAUAUAUGAAAUGUUCUAUGUAGCUUAGGAAAAUAGGUUUUUAAUGAUAUUUUGCCAAUUUAAAGAAAUCUGUGGAUGAAUCCUCUUGAAAGUUAUACAUUUAGAUGUAUUUUCAAGCAAACGCAUUUUGCAGUUAUCUGUUUGCAUACAUAACAAGUCUUCCCAUGAUUACUGAAAACAGAUGUGCUAACUUUCAUAGGUUUAGGUACCUGAGUAUAAAUUUCAACUAACUUUUUAUUAGCUCUGUACAUAAAACUGUACUGUACAGUAAGUUGUUUGGCCCUUGAUGGUAACUGACAAUUUCUCCAUAACCUAUUGAGAAAUUCUGCGUGUAUAACUGAAAAGUUGUAAUGGUCCAGUGCCAUAUGCAGUAAGCUUUUUAAUCUAGGUCUUGCUGGAUUUUUCUGAAACAACAAAUCAACUUAGAUUCUCAAUACUUAAAUAUAUGGUUUUGAAUUUAGUAAGUCUUUGGGUCAGGGCUGAGACGCAUAGUGUAUUAAAUUAAUAAUUCUUCUUCUAAAUUGAUUAGGAAGCUAGCAAUAGGUUAAUUGUCCUUGGCAAUUUUCGCACGGCAAAAUGUAGGAUUUCUGGCUUUUUAACCUUAAGUACCAUGUUCCUUUAAACUAUCUUUAAAGGAGUGAAAUAGCACAGUCCCAGAGACAUUUCAGCUAUUUAGACCUAUGAGAUGGCACACACAGAUUUUCAGGAAGCAUUCACAAAAUUCAGAAAGGUAAUUGAGACCUUUUUUUCAGUUUGACAGUGCAAUCACAGCUGUUAGUGGAUGACGAAACAACCUCUUACCUACAGCAUUCCGUUGUGAUUGUUACUGCUGCAACGUAUCAUCCUGAUCAGACCAGAGUCAACCGCAUUAGUAGAACUCGUUGUCACCUUAGCUUUUAGUUUUCACUUUUUGUUUUUUAAGGUAAGAUAUUAGAUUUUGACCUAUAUAAACAGAAUGUAUUUUUUUAAUUAGGUGUAAGCUAGGGACGCAAUGUAAAACAAUCAUCCACACUGAUGUGAUUUUUAUAAAAUAACACUGUGCACAUUUGUACAAAGAAGAAAUAGAAUUAAAGAGUCUAAAGAAUAAGAAAUAAAGAAUGUACUUUCAUUUGCACUCUUGUAAUACACAGACUGUGGUGUAAAUACAGAAUUUUCUCAAAUUAACUAAAUUCUGUUGCAUGUAUCCUGCAUGCGAAAAAUUAUAUUCAACAUUUCAUUUACCAUUCAUUUGAAGUCUAUUCAGGAAGAUUUUUUUUCAUUUAAUCACAAAAUAGGCUAUCACAUGUCCUAAAUUCAGACUAGUCUUGUUCACAAUGUGCAGAUGUAAGGAACUGAAGAUCUGUAAUCUCCUGGGACUUUACCUGAUAGAUACUUUCUCCCUUGCUGAAAAGGCAGAGAGUCUGCAAACUGAGUACUGUGGCCACUUUGGACAGAUGAGAAUUGAGGAUUUGUGGAAGUCUGCUGCAUAAUAUGUUGUACUGAUAGUUUACUGUAAGUAGUAAAUUGUUUAGGCAUUUUGAAAUCAAAUUCGUCAGAAUAUUGUUUUAAUGUGUACUGUUGCUUUGAAUUCUUUAUUUCUUCCUGGUCUUGAAAAUAGUUGCAGAGCUUAGAAUACAAUGUGUGCUCACUGGGCCUGUAGUGUCUGUGACAGUUUUAAUACUGUUUGAAUGUUUAUGACUUCAUGUCCAGUUAACAUUUGUAAGUAUUCCAGCUUAUGCUUUAAAUUCUUUUAAAUGUAAUGUCACUGAGUAAUUAUGGUUUUUGAGAGCAGUUCAUUUUAAUGUAAACUAUGUGUUAAUUCUGAAGUAACAACACUAGCCCAUUCAGAGUAGGGCUAAUUGUUUUGUUGAUUCCCAGACAUUCUGUACUGUUGGUAUCAAACCAGCUUCAUGAAAUGUAAGAAUACACUGUGCAAUGUACAUUUCAGCAAUAAAAUAAACCAAAAAGUUAAAA